CGCGAGAGCCGGCUACUGCGAGCUCUGGGAUCGGUACCGAAGCCCUACCAUUACCACUGUUAAAGGCCGCAUUCGACAAAGCGACGCCGCUUUGAGUGAACGUCGGAAAGACUCACGUAACUAUCGUUCGAGUGAAUAGAGUGCGCGUAGUCGAUCGUGACGUGCAAUGCCCAGGGCCCCGCGCGCCCCCGCACCCCUCACCGGGCUAUGGAGACCAUCCUUGACAGGUUCAAGAGGGAGUCAGGUGGAUUGCGUCGCUCUCGAUCCGUCCGCGCUUCCUUACGCCUGAUAGGCAACCGCUGGCGGUCAUCAAAAGAGGAAGAAACUGAAGUAAUAGACGACAUCGAAAGGAACAGUGUUGUUUUUACCACUCAAAUUUGGAAUACCGAAAAGGAGUACGAAGACAUAGCGUACAAAGGAUUAGACGGUACUUACAAGGCGACAACACCAGUCAUGGCGCGGCGGAAGCCGGAACCCGCCAAGCAAAGGAAGAAGAGCGGUGACAUCGACUUGAAUUUGAAACCGCAGAGGCCUAGGAAAGUGGAGAAGUCAAAAUUCAGCGACCUGUUUAUGAAUAAGAAGCAAAAAAGCGCGUCGGCGAAGGAUUUGUUGGUGCCUGAAAAGAUUCCGCCGAAGGCUGCGGCUAUUUUGCAUAUACAUUCGCCGGAUAAGGGGAAAAAGAAACUGAAGGGAAUCGGGAAAUCGGAGUCGGCAAAAAGUAUGGCAGAGGUGAUGCAGAGGAGGGUUAGACGAGGUUCAGAAGGUGAUACGUGCCCACACCAGCCGCGGGGGUGUGUGAACCAAGCGUUCGUUUAUAGCACCCCGCCCAAGGAGAGGAAAUUGCCGAUGUCACCGUCUGCAUACUUGAGUACGUAACUUACAUUAACUUAACACACCAUUAAAACAAGAAAUGAUCACAAGGCACAAAUUAAAUAAUGUAAAAUAGAUUUUUAUUAGUUUAAAGUCCUUAAAAUUACGAAGUUUUGAAAUAGGUAUUUGUGAUAUGGAAAUCUGAAAUAACGAAGCAACUAAAUAACACAACCCUGAGCUCCAA